AUGGCUCCUCGCACCGAGAAGAGCCAAUUGAAGCGUCCGCGCGGUUCCCUGCCCGAGGACGCAACCGAGUCCAAGAAGCCUCGACGUUCCGAUCGCCUCUCCCAGGCCGCCCCGGACAAGACUCCCGUCGCCAACAGGAAGCACCUCCCUUCUCCCGUCACCCACCAGACGGAGCAGUCGUCCAGCGACCUGUGCAAGGAGCCCACCGCCACCCCCCCCGGGGCCGACGCCGACCAUGUGACCCCGCGCAAGUCGGACGAGCCCUGGGCUCAAGGCCAGACCCUCUCCUCGCCGCCUCAAGACACACAACCCCUUAGCCAGUACCUCGAUCGUCACCCGGCUCUCUCCGACGAGGUUGAGGACGAGGUCAAGGAGGGCGUCUGGGGCUACCUGGUUCCUCUGGAUCCCAAGUACGGUGACAAGCCCUUGGUGCUCAAGAGGCGGAGCGGCCAGGACCCGGGUCAGAAUGCCAAGCCGGCCGCGCUCAGGGAGGAGGAGGCCUAUGAGCGCACAAAGAUCAAGGGCGCCGCGUCCGGCGGCUUCUUGAUAGGCCGCCAUCCCGAGUGCGACAUCGUUGUAGGCGACGGGGUCGUCUCCAACCGACAUUGUCUCCUCUUCACCGAGAACAAGGGCACCGACGCCGUCGCCAUCGUCGAGGACUUGUCCAGCAACGGCACCUUUGUCAACGAGGCCAUUGUCGGUCGUAACCAGCGCCGAGAGCUCGAAGACCAGGAUGAAAUCGCCGUCCAUGGCAAGGCGAGGUUUGUCUUUCGCUAUCCCCAAAGCCGGCAGACAAGCGGCUUCUUGCAGCAGUACACGCUCCAGGAGAAGCUCGGCAAGGGCCACUUUGCCGAAGUGUACCUGUGCGUGGAAAAGGUCUCUGGUCAACGCUAUGCCGUCAAGAUCUUCACCAAGCCGGGAGGUGUCGAAGACCGGUCCAAGACCGAGGGGCUCCAGCAGGAAAUUGGCGUUUUGAUGGGUGUCAGCCACCCCAACGUCCUGUGUCUCAAGGACACUUUCAACGAGCGCGAUCGCGUCUAUCUGGUGUUGGAGCUGGCGCCCGAGGGCGAGUUGUUCAACUACAUUGUGAUGAAGCAGAAGCUCGGCGAGGACGAGACGCGCCGGCUUUUCAAGCAACUCUUCCAGGGCAUCAAGUAUCUGCACGAACGCAACAUUGUCCACCGAGACAUUAAGCCAGAGAACAUUCUCGUGGUUGACAAGAACUUGAGCGUCAAGCUGGCCGAUUUUGGCUUGGCCAAGAUCAUUGGCGAAGAGUCCUUUACGACCACCUUGUGCGGCACGCCUAGCUAUGUGGCCCCCGAGAUCCUGGCCGAUUCCAAGCAGCGCAAGUACACAAAGGCGGUCGACAUCUGGUCCCUCGGCGUCGUUCUCUACAUUUGUCUUUGCGGAUUCCCUCCGUUUUCCGACGAGCUGUACUCGAGGGAUUUCCCGUUUACGUUAUCGCAGCAGAUCAGGAGCGGCCGCUUCGACUACCCCUCGCCCUAUUGGGACUCUGUGGGCGACCCGGCGCUCGACCUCAUUGACUCAAUGCUCAUCGUGGACCCGGAGAAGCGACACACCAUUGACCAAUGCCUGUCGCACCCUUGGCUGACACAGAAGGCGCAAAAUGUCAACGACAGCACGGGCGGGCUUGUCGGCGGCAUAGCCGGUCUCGAGGUCAAUCGCCGGGCGCCGAAUCGCGAGAGAACGUUGUUGGCAUCGCUCAAUUCAGUGCAGGUAACCGCGCAACUUCCCACCGGGGAGGACGGGGCCCGCGUCAAAGUAUUCGCCAAGAAUAAGCACCCCGUCACCAAGACACCCAAGGAAUCGGCGCCCGACGGCCAGAGAGCCCCGGGAGAGUUUAUGGAGAUGGGAGGUAAGGGAGACCAGCAACUCUUUGCAGACGAUAGCUCAAGUGUUUAUCCCGUCGGCGACGCAGUCGCCAAAACCAAAACGAAGGGCAAGGCCCGUGGACGAUGA